AUGUGGAUAAACAUCCUCAUGGUGGCUGUAAAUGCGACCAUUAUGCAAGCCAUCUCAAGAAAUCAAAAUCGUUUUUGGCAACUACUCCGGGGACGGCAGGAUGUCUGUAGAUUAGAUGUUCGGGCUCUUCAUCCAAGUUCAAGGAGAAAAACACGCAGAUACAAACUUCAUGAAGGAUAUUUUCCACUGGCUCAAACAUCACGGCCUUUUUCACCGAAGGAUUCUAUUGUUAUCUCCUCGGAGAGGACUUUAACAAGUACUGAAGAUCUGCAGAAAUGUCUUAACGCAGUACAGGAGAAUGUCUUUGAGGUGUCUGAUUAUCCUGUUGUACUUACCUUAGAAGAUCAUUUGCCUCCAGAUCUUCAGAAGAAAGUUGCCAAGAAAGUUGCAGAUGCAGAAGAGCUGAUUCAAGAUGAAAAUGAGGAGUAUGUAGCGACUGAAUACAAAGAUUUUAUCUCAAUUCACGCUGGUAACCGCAAAGGAGAGUUGAAGAACUCCUUGAAUGGGGAUCCUAACCGAGUCAUACGGUUAAGCAUGAGUGAGCAGUGA